AGCGAGCGUGGCUGCGCCUGCUCGUCAGCUGUCGGGUGCGUAGCGUCAGUGCUGGGGCUUGGGAGGGCCUGCGGCCGAGACUGGGGGGCAGUGGGGCCCCGGGUGCAGGGAAACGCUCGGCGACGAAGGAGCCGGGCGGGAGAUGUCCGCUGAACUGGGAACAGCGUCGGCUGCACAGGCGUCGUCCCCUGAGCGCAUUAUUAAAUCCCUAUCGAAGGAGGAGACCAUCAAAAGGAAGUUUUCUGAAGCAGAGAGAGCAAACACGCGGACACUGGGGAUGGCGACAGCACCGCUCGGCGCCCGUUCCCCAGCUCCUCUGAAUCUGAAGAAGGAGGUGCUUCGGACCAUGAAGGGGGAUCCCCACUCUACUGGGGAACAGGGAGUCCGGCUGCCGGGAGACGGCACAGGCCUGGGGCAGGAACCGUUGUGCAAACAGUUCAGGCAGUUGCGCUAUGAGGAGACCACAGGGCCCCGGGAGGCGCUGCGCCGGCUCCGCGAGCUGUGCCGCCAGUGGCUGCGGCCCGAGACGCACAGCAAGGAGCAGAUCCUGGAGCUGCUGGUGCUGGAGCAGUUCCUGACCAUCCUGCCCACCGAGCUCCAGGCUCGGGUGCGGGAGCACCAUCCGGAGAGCGGGGACGAGGUGGUGGUUGUUCUGGAGGAUUUGCAGCCAGAGCUUGGAGACGCAGGAAAGCAGGCGGACCCAGGCCAGGCUGAAGAGCAGAUGAUGCUGGCGGGGGCGGCAGCCCCGGUGGAAGCAGUGCGGGGGCAGCGCACCCAGCCGGAGCGUGAAGUUCUGGAGCCUGAAGGAGACAAGGGUGAGAAGACCAGGGUUGAGAACGGGAAGGUAUUUGCAGAGACAGACUCUUGUGGAGGAGUGGAAUCAGCCAGGAAGGUAUCCGAACCCGUAGAGCCUCGUUCUGAGGAAUCUCACUUGGAAAGGCAGCGGGUCGAGCCCAAGGAGAAGCCCGAGUAUAAAUGCUCAGAAUGUGGGGAGGGCUUCUCCCGCCACUCGGACCUGGUCACACACGAAGGCGCGCACACGCGAGGGAAGCUGUGUGAGUCUGCGGCGUGUCACAGUACUGGUCUUACUGGACGCCAGAAAAUCCGCUCUCGAGAGAAAGGUCAUCAGUGUCACGAGUGUGGGAAAGCCUUUCAGAGGAGUUCACACCUUGUCAGACACCAGAAAAUCCAUCUUGGCGAGAAGCCUUACCAGUGCAAAGAAUGCGGGAAGGUCUUUAGCCAGAACACAGGCCUCUUGGAACACCUCCGGAUCCACACUGGAGAGAAGCCUUACCUGUGCAUCCACUGUGGGAAGACCUUCCGACGCAGCUCCCACCUCAACCGGCACCAGAAUAUCCACAGUCAGGAGGAGCCCUGUGAGUGCCAGGAGUGUGGGAAAACCUUCAGCCAGGCCCUUCUCCUCACCCACCACCAGAGGACCCACAGCCACUCCGGAAGCCAUCGCUGUAAUGAGUGUGGGAAAGCCUUCAGUCUGACUUCAGACCUCAUUCGACACCAUAGGAUUCACACCGGAGAGAAGCCGUUCAAGUGUGACAUUUGCCAGAAAGCCUUCCGCCUAAACUCCCACCUGGCUCAGCACGUGAGGAUCCACAAGGAAGAAAAACCCUAUGAGUGUAACAAAUGCGGAGAAGCCUUCAGGCAGAGGUCGGGGCUUUUUCAGCAUCAGAGAUAUCACCACAAAGACAGUAUGGCUUGACGGGGCGUCCUCUGCGGAGACCAUCACAGACAGGAUGUCGACAAGCAAACAGUACGUCAGGAAGAGUCACUGCGACCAAUUCUAGCCUCACAGAACUCGGCGGGGGGGGGGGGGCCCACACGGGAGGCUGUGCGCAUCCACUUGUGCUCAGCCUUGGCCCAUAGAGAUCUGACCCUAGAGGGUACCAUGGGAACAAGAGCAUUCUUUACUGCAGGACUUCUCUGAGCCUUUAACUGGUAAAUGCUUGAUUGUGCAUCUCCAGGUAGUAGAGAGCCUCAUGAUUGAGUUAGGGCUUUGAAGUCAGCAGCAAGUCACAUAUCCACAGAUUUAUAGGCUUAAACGGAACAAGAGCAGGUUGAUAAUUUUACAUCUGGUGCAGCAACAAUGCCUGUAAAAUAAAACUAAUGACAUUUGGAAAUAUACCACUCUUAAAGGUGUCUUAAAGUGCAGGUUUAAUGGUGGACAUUUUCCCCCAGUGGUUUUACUAAUCACCCCCUACUGGCAUUCCCCCCCCCCCCACCAUCUGCAGAAGCAUUUUAGAAAGCAAAGAUGAUCUAAUUUUACUAUUUCCCACCCCUAGUCUUGCUACAAUACUUCACUCAUUCAGGUUAGAAAUCCAGGUUAAACUGUGGGAGAGAUUUUAUAAGUCAUGUGAAUGAACAGUGCUGAGUGAAUCCAGGUAGUAACUGUCUUGAUACAAACUUCAGUGUCAGGAAAGUGGGUCCUCCAUAGACACCGUUUAGGAAAUGGGGAAAGAAAUUAGACUGUUUUCCUUUAUUUUUUUUUUUUAAUUUUUUUUUCAACGUUUA